AGUGGGUCCUGAAGAAGCAGCAAACAAUAGAUUUUGCAGCACUGCAGUGUGAACUAUCUUUGAAUGGCAGUUUUUGAGUCAAUGCCAGCUUGCUGAAAAUCAGGUCCCUGAGCUGCGCACCUCUGCACUGCUGUCGGCCAUGGCCAGCAAGUCAGUCUUCGUUGUUGCUAUAGAUUUUAGCACCUCCUGCAGCAGGUACUAUUUUUCCCUUGCUUCAGGUACAGACCAAAUCCUCCAGGUGUACUGGGGAACAGAGCAUGGGCUCAAGACACCAAAGACGCCCACGUGCAUCUUGUUCAACCAGAAGCAGCAGUUCUGGAAUUUUGGCUAUGAUGCUGUGAUGAAGUACAAGAGCCUGUCCCUCAGCAAAGCUGACAACUGGUACUUCUUCCAGAACUUCGAGAUGAAACUACAACACAACAGUAGGGGGAAUGUCACUUCUGGCAUGGAACUGAAAGCCAGCGAUGGAAAGACGCUUCCUGCCCUGAUGGUCUUUUCCGAAAGCCUGCACUGCCUGAAGGAACAUGCCCUGAACACCAUCCAAGAGGCCUCUUUCCAAACUGUCUGCAACCAGGAGGAGAUCAGCUGGGUCAUUACCAUCCCAGCUAUAUGGAGCGCUGCUGCCAGGCAGUUCGUGUGGCUGGCGGCAAGAAAGGCAGGACUUGCCUCUGACAUGAUUUCUGAGAAGCUGAUUAUUGCCCUGGAGCAGGAGGUUGCAUCGCUCUGGUGCAAACAGCUUCCACAGGAAGGAUUUAUGGCAGACAGCAGUGACAAGAAGAGGUUUGAAGACUCCCCUGGGAUCCAGUAUAUUGUUGUUGACUGUGGAGGUGGCACAAUAGACAUCACAGUACAUGAGAUCCAAGAAAACCAUUACCUGAAGGAGUUACACAAGGCAGCUGGAGGUGGAUGGGGAGGCAACAGAGCGGAUGAAAACUUCACUGAUUUCCUUGAGGAAAUAUUCGAUGACGGUGUAUGGGAUGAAUAUGUAAGGAGCCACCCUACCGAGUUACAACAUAUGAUGUACAACUUCAGUCUACAGAAAUGCUCUGCUAGCAGGGAGGCGGUCUACAUACAUUGCUACUGCAACUUGACCAGAGUCAAGAAGGACAUCUCCCACUUCUUCAAAAAAGCAAAAGGUGCUGUGUGGUGUGGUGGGAUGAUCAUGAUUACAUAUGAGAAAAUGAAGAGCUUUUUCGACUACAGUAUCAAAAAUGUCAUUCGUACUUUGAGGGAGAUUCUUGACAAGCCUGAGAUGGCCAAGGUCCAGUACAUUUUGCUUGUGGGAGGCUUUGCAUCUAGCAUCAUCUUGAGCGAUGCGAUCAGUCAGACCUUUGGCAAGAAGUAUCAUAUCCUUUGUCCAGUGGAGGCCCAAGUGGCCAUUGGAAAAGGGGCUGUUUUAUUUGGAGUCAAUCCACACAUUGUUGCCUCAAGAGUCAGUGCUCAGACAUACGGCAUAGCAGUAAGUUACAAAUUUGAUGCUGCUAUCCAUGACUUCUGUAAACUAAGAGUCUCAAAAGCUGAUGGCUAUAUUUUUUGCACAGAUCUCUUCAAGAAAUUGGUGGGAAUUGAGGAGUUAGUAAAUAUAAAUGAAGUUGCCCACUAUAAUUUCCAUCCAACAGAACCAGAUCAAACAAAUGCAUGAUUUUCUUUCUAUUGUACAGAAAAGCAGGAUGCUCAGUACGUAGAUGAGGAAGGGAUGGAACAGCUUGGCUCCUGUACAGUGCCAAUGCCAGACACAAAGCUGAGGAAGAAACGCCAACUGAAGCUGAAUAUUAAAUUUGGCCUCACUGAAUUUAAAGCCACAUGUACUGACAUUACUUCCAAACAAAGUCAGGCAGUUAUAAUAGAUUUUUCACCUGUGUAAAUGCUCGGUACAUCAAGCAGCAGGGACAAUAACUCAAGGGAGUGCAUGACUUUAGUGGGAGGCAAUAACGACUACAAUAGAGAAGGCAAAUGGACCAUAAAGUCCAUCAUCCAGCCUUCUGCUUGCAUAGGUAAACAGUUUGCUAGCCUCAUUCUCUGGUUCCUUCCAUUCCUCACCAACCACCCUUUCAGUCCAACACCUCUCUUUCUGUUGUAUCUGACAGCAGGUUUAUCUGCUGCUUUACCUCUUGCCCUUCUAGCUUAGCCCCAUUGCAUCUCUGAACACAAUAGUCCAUACCACCAAUAUAACAAUCUGUACUCUACCUGUGUUUGAUACAAAGCUUCUGGACUGGUGUCUAACUUCCACAUAUACCAGCCCAUAACUACUUCUUUUAGCCUGAUGUCUUCUUUCAGCUACAUUCUCUCUUCCUCUGAUAUCAGGUCUCUUUAUCUGGAGUCCAGGUUUAACUCUGCCCGGGGUGACAUUCAAUGGAUUUGAGUUUUCUUCAGAACAUGACUUAUAUAGAUUGUGUUUAAUUAAAGAACUCUUGUCACAGUCAGGAUAGAUACUCUGUGAAGCAGUAACUCAAUGUAGUCUGGGGGCUUGUAUCCAAAACCUGUGGGAGUGUUGUUUCCAUUAAACCAUUGGUUGGUUUGAUCUCAUUAACUGGGCAGAUACAAAUGCCAGAUUGUAACAUUACAGAUAUGAAUAGUGCUUACGUCGCUGCCUCAGCCCCUCUGUCCAGCUGUGGGUACCUUCUACAUCUCUGACUUGGGCUUGAUAUUUUCCAUGUCCAUAAAAGCUCAUUUCUUUGCCUUCUGCCUACAGCACCUGUGCACAGGUUCAGCACAGUGUGGCCUGUCUGAGCCCAAAUUUGUCCAAGAAAGAGAUGUGAUCCUGCAGUGUACUGGGUCUGGCUGGGGUGGAGUUAAGUUUCUUCAUAGCCGCCCUUAUGCUGUUGUGUGAUUUAUGACCAAAAUGGUGUUGCUAGCACACCAAUGUUUUAGCAAUAGCUGAACAGUGCUUGCACAGCAGCAAGGCCGCCUCUGUUUCUCACUCUGUCUCUGCAGCGAGGAGGCUGGCGGCAGGAGCAAGGGAGAGGGCAGAGCCAGCACAGCUGACCCCAACUGACCAAGGGGAUAUUUCAUACCCUGUAACCUCAUGCUCAGCAAUAAAACUGGGGGGAGUUUCUCCAAAGUAACUAUUGCUUGGAGACUGGCUGAGCAUCGGUCUGGUGGUGGGAUGUGGUGACUGCCUUUGCAUUACUUGUUGGGGUUUUUUUGUGGGUUUUUUUU